GAUAAACUCUCAUAUCAAUAAUCUAACGAAUAAUCACCUGUUUUCCGCAGCUUGACGAUCGUCGUCAGCAUCACCGCGUCACUCCGUCCCCAGGCCGAGCAGUCUCGUGAACGUAGCGCUCGUUGGCGCGUAAUACGUCACGGCGUAGACGCGCGAAAUUCCCGCGCAUUUGCAUGUAGAGUGUCCACCUAAAUACAACGGACGCUGCAGGACCUGCGAUGGACGAUCGUCGUAUUUCACGCUCGUAUUUAAGCAUUUGAGAAUAUCACCGGGUCGCGUGAGGUGAUGGACGAUCGUCUCGUAUCGGAUGUAAUCGCGUCGCGCGUGACGUCUGAUUGGCCAACGCGAUGUCUUCUCGGACAACGUCCUGUGCACGAACGACGGUCGAUCGAGUAUCGAGGUGAACCCUCGUGUCGAAAACGAAUCCGAUAAGUUACCUAUUUUCCUCCGGGUUGAUCGACAUCGCCGCCGUUACUGCCCUCGAGUCUCGCAGACAUAGCACAUUCGUCAACAGUCAGCAAUCACCUCGUCAGUCUCGUCACCUUCGACGAUUGUCCUUCGACUGUUCUCGCGAGUCUUCGCUACUGGACGGCGAGUCGUGGCGUACUGGCGUAGCCGCGCGAAAUCACGGGAAAUUGUCGCGAGCACACACACACACACACACUUUUCGUAAAACGUAACAGAAUAAACACUAAAGCCUCGUCUACAGAAGUUUGGCGCUGAUGCUAGUCAAAUAUUAGUUGCACCCGCGAAAAAGCUCGCGGUGGCCGCUCUCGAGUUCCUCUCUGAUUUUAUGGAAAGUGUGUGUGCGAUUGCCCUUAUCACGACGGAUGCUGCGUGACCUUCCCCCGGUAUAUACGGCGGACGAUCGUCGUGCUCCGCGUCGUACUCAAGCGUUCGGAAGUACGAGGCCAAUUGUCGCAUCGGUAUUGUCGCAUCGCAAGCGUUUACGGCUUCUAAUCGGUCGGUACGGCAACUUCUCGAGGGACGUCCUGUGUGCACGCGAGACGGUUGAUCGGAUGCGAGCCGAGUUCUCGUGUCAUUGGUGAAUCUGACAAACGAUCACCCGUUUUCCCCCGGGUCUCCAGGAUGGUUUCGCGUUUCGUAGGCGUAGGAUUCGUCGAUGAUCGCUCGAGUGUUCGAGUCUCGCGCGAGUGUAGUAUUCGUCGCCGCGCAGGGGUGCGUUCCAAAAUUCAACCUUGGUAACUAUACCGCGUUCCAAAAUUACUAAUAUAGAGAAUUGAUUACCAAUGAUAAGAGUAUAACCCCUAGUCUACAAUAAAGUCUAAGAAACUGACCAAUCACAGUAGUUUUUUAUAAGAAUACUCAGUUGUGAUUGGUCAAUUUCUUACGGCUUAAAGCUUACAUCUUUAUUGUAGACAAUGCCUAAUGUCGUUCUAAAAUUCAUAGUUGACCACAAAGGUAACUUUCUUACCUCAUAAAAUUGAGAGAUUAUUGUGGUUACCCAACCUCAGAUAACCCAUAUCGUUUCUACCUAGGGUAAUCUCUAGGGUUACCCAAGGUUAAUUUUGGAACGCACCUUUGUGAGUGAGCCGCGUGAAGUUCGCGCGCUUCCGAAUUCAAGCGUAAGCGUUCAAACAUGGCGGAGUGCAACGGUGCGGCGUAACGGACGAUCGUCGUGUCUCGCGCGUUUAAACGUUCGGCAUGUUGGAGGGUUGCGCACAAUGCAUGGAAUAAUAACCAUGUCUCACACGUCUCCCUCCAACAUGUCGAGUACUGCUCCUUGCUCCCCGUUCCCUGUUUCGUAUUCCGUUUAUUGUGCGCAGUCUCUUAACCAUCAUUUACGCGACAGCUCUAAUCGGCCGGCGCCGCCUCGUCGAAGGUCGCCUGUGUGUGUGUGUGUGUACGACGUGGAGCGGCAGGACGACGAGGAUGCACAACGACACGACUACGAUGCUCUGCCGGGUGCUGACAUCGGGCACGAUUGGAAAUACAGAAAAAUAUGCGAAUCGUCUGAUUUAGUUCAAACAAGAAAGCCGUUUACAAUUAAUUAGUGAUAUAUUAAAUAGCGCAUUAAAAGCAAGAGACAUUUACCUUCGCGUUGAUUUGUUAUUCCAUCUUAAUUUAUUUUACUCUCGAGAGUGCUGUGUAAAGCGUCGCGCGAUUGUCAUAUUCCGUGUUAAUUCACGCACUGCUAUAAUUAACUGCUAAAUUAACUGCGUUUUAGCAAGCGUAAUUAAUCGCGUUCUCGACAGUGUGCUACGAGUGCAACAAUGGAACCUUGAGACCAGGAGGAAGCUUAGUACUAUCGGACGACAGUCAAGCGGUAGGGUGAGUGUAUGUAAUUUAUUAUUUAUAUAUUAUUUUUCAUUUUUUCCUAGGAUACUAAUCUUUUAUUUUCGCUUAUUUUGAACGUAAAAAUAAUAAAAAAAGGUUGAAAAAAGUUUUUUGU